UUAAGGCGGUUCAUUCGAUUGUUGUACACAUAUUACGCUUAGUAUCUCACCAGUCUCCGAAUAAUCAGCGCGCAUCUCUUAAGAUUCGGCCUUGACAUUAUUUUUACACCAAACUAAUGAACUCAAACACCGCCGAAAGAAAUGAAUAACGUCGUUGCACCGAAAAUAUACGAGAUAGUGAAAAAAGUUGCGAACGGAGACAUAGAAAAUUAUGAAAUAAUUGUGCAAGACCCUAACAAGAAAGGAGAGGGUUAUCUCGGACAGAUUUUCUUCAUAUCCUUACGCGACAAAACCAACGGAAAGCAGUUGAACAUUGUGGUGAAACAGGCUUUUACAGAGCAAGCUAUACGAGAUUUUGGCCCCAUAAGGGAAGUUUUCCUCAACGAGAUCUACUUCUACACGAAAGUGUGGUCAAAACUCUUGAAAUUCCAAGAGACCAUACCCAAAGAGUAUCGCUUUAGCAACCUAGCAAAGUGUCUGGCUACUACAUCCGAAGAUAAUUCCGUAAAGCUGGUUCUGGAGAAUCUGAAAUAUCAAGGGUUCGUAAUGCAUGACAAGAAGAAGGUUGUGGAAAAGGAAAAGUUUGAGUUCAUUUUCAAGUUAUAUGGAAGAUUCCACGGAAUGUCCUUCUCGUACAAAGCCCUGUAUCCUGAAGAGUUCUCUGAGCUGGUGAAAGGAUUUUACGGCAUAUUUGAACUGUUUUUUGGGAAAGAGGAGAGCGGGGAUUUCCACAAAUACACUCAUGGGCGGUGCUUAGAACAUCUCCAGCCAGGUGUAGAAGAUGCAGUUAUUGAAAAAUACGAGCAUUACGUUGAUGAUGGACAAAGAAUAUUUAUGGACAGUUUGGCCAACGGCAAGUACUCUACUAUUAUCCACGGUGACUGCUGGAGCAACAACAUGAUGUUCAAGUAUGACGAUGCUGGGAAGCUCAUCGACGUAAGGUUCUUGGACUUCCAACUUGUGAGACUGGGAUCUCCAGUCUGCGAUCUCUCUUACUGCUUGUACUCUGGUGGUAAGAAGGAAAUCUUCGACAACUUGGACCACUUGCUGCAAAUUUACCAUGACAGCUUUUCGGAAAGUAUCAGGGCUUAUGGUUGUGAUCCAGACGAACUAUACCCUUUGGAAGCUUUAAAAGAUGACUGGAAGGUACAUUGUCAGUUGGGAUUUACUAUGGGUAUCUCAAUUUGGAGAGGAAAGCUCGUGUAUGAUGAAGAGAUCGUUGAUUUUGCAGACAUCGUAACGGAAGGGGAAAAAGGCAUGGAAAAGUUCAAUGACGCAAAGUGCGAUGAAAAAACUUACAGGGAAAGGUCUAGAGACAUACUUUUACAUCUGUACGAAAAGGAUUACUUAGUUUAAUAGAAGUUUUGUGUAUUGGGAAAGUUAAAAUUUUAAUUAUCUCCUGCAAGGAGCUGUUUUUACGUUA